GUGUUCUUUGAAAUGAUUUUUAUUUAGAACACAAUUUAUUAUUGCAAAAGUAGAUUCUAUACCCAAGUUGUUCUAAAUACUAAAAAAGUUUUCCAAUAGCUUACUGAACAUUAGUUUUUAUAUUUAAAUAAAAAAUGAGAUUUAAAAUUCAAUUCCUCAAUCACACUAGCUUCAUUUCAAAUAUUCAAUACACGUAAGGCAGUGUAGAAUUGGAGCUAUGAGAAACCAAGCUGGGUUAGAAUCCUGACUUUGCCUCUUUCCAGCUGCUUGUCCUUGGGAAUUUACCUAGCCCUCUCCAAGUUUCAGUUCUAGCUUCGAAUUGCAGGCCCGGAAAGCUCACACUGAAUAUGUUUUAACUCCUGCCUGCACAGCUAACAGCAGAAGACAAAACACCCACUAUUUUUUUUCCCUUCAUGGAAGUGGCGGACUCACUGCAUGAUAUAAUAAAAAUCAGAACCAAUCAAUGUAGGGAUAGUUAAGUAAAUUUCUUUAUUCCAUACUCUGAUGCCAUAAAAUACUAAUAACUAAUUAAUCACUAAUUUAUUUAAUCACCCAUUAAUAUUGAAAUCGGUUAUUACUAAGGAAGAAAACCGUAAUAUUACGAAUAGCACGACUGCUGCCCGUGUGCUCAGGAAAAACGUAAAAGGGUUUGCCACCCAUCCAUUAACAGCGGUUAUAGGAAGCAACAAAAGUGGGGGCAGGGCCCAGCCGGCACACGCUUCAGUUUAUAUUUCUUGUCAGUUAAUUUCCAAAAACGUUGUUCUAAAAAGGAGAUAUAAUACUGUUUUACUUUAAGGGGCAAAUCUCAAAUGUGCUUUGAAACGACUACACUUUUCUCUCAGUCUGGAAUGUGAUUUUAAAUCUAGCUUAACUAUACUAUAAUAAAAGGCCACAUGAAAAUACUUUGUCAGAACGAAAAACACGCCGCCUUAAAUCCGCUUUCGGUUGGCGGUUUCCCGCCGGUGGAACGGAAGCAAAACCGCCUUUGACGUCAAGGGAGGAGUUCCCUCCCAGUUACUACGGCGAAGUCUAUGCGGCCAUCUUUACUGUGGUCAUCUCGUACCAAGCGUGUCGUAGUGGGGCUGUUGGGGCUCCACAGAAAGUCAGCGGAACGUGAAAUGGGAAAGGAAUCAUGCGACUCUGUAAUAAGAAGCUGACAGAACCACGAAGGAUCAGGGACGGAAAGCAUUAGAUAAGUUGUUAGUGGGAUGCAGGUUCCACAGGCAAGCGGAACGAUUCAAGCGAAUUAGUAAGGUUUCUGCCCGGAUCUUGAGAGCCGCUUCCGUUGUUCAGCGGAAGUGUCGGUCGCAAGAGGACAGACGCGUCGAAGAAUCCGCUAUCGGCUGUCUGCACAACCGGAAUCAUGUCGAGUUUGGCGGUGAGAGACCCGGCAAUGGAUCGAUCACUGCGUUCCGUGUUCGUGGGGAACAUUCCGUAUGAGGCAACUGAGGAGCAGUUAAAGGACAUUUUCUCGGAGGUUGGUUCUGUUGUCAGUUUCCGGCUGGUAUACGAUAGAGAGACGGGAAAACCCAAGGGCUAUGGCUUCUGCGAAUACCAAGACCAGGAGACCGCGCUUAGUGCCAUGCGGAACCUCAAUGGGCGGGAGUUCAGUGGGAGAGCGCUUCGGGUGGACAAUGCUGCCAGUGAAAAGAAUAAGGAGGAGUUAAAGAGUCUCGGGCCUGCAGCGCCCAUUAUUGACUCACCCUAUGGGGAUCCCAUUGAUCCAGAAGAUGCCCCUGAAUCGAUUACCAGAGCAGUAGCCAGUCUCCCCCCGGAGCAGAUGUUUGAGCUGAUGAAGCAGAUGAAGCUCUGUGUCCAAAACAGCCACCAGGAAGCUCGAAACAUGUUACUUCAAAAUCCACAACUGGCUUAUGCGCUGUUGCAGGCACAAGUAGUGAUGAGAAUCAUGGAUCCAGAGAUUGCUCUGAAAAUUCUGCAUCGGAAGAUACAUGUCACACCACUGAUCCCAGGCAAAUCUCAGUCUGUGCCUGUCUCUGGCCCUGGCCCUGGCCCUGGUCCUGGCCCUGGCCCUGGGCUCUGCCCAGGACCUAAUGUUCUGCUGAACCAGCAGAAUCCUCCAGCUCCUCAGCCUCAGCAUUUGGCUAGAAGACCUGUGAAGGACAUUCCUCCUCUGAUGCAGACUCCUAUCCAGGGUGGAAUUCCAGUUCCAGGGCCAAUACCAGCUGCAGUUCCUGGACCUGGUCCUGGUUCCUUAACUCCUGGAGGAGCAAUGCAGCCCCAACUUGGAAUGCCAGGGGUUGGCCCAGUGCCUUUAGAGCGGGGACAAGUGCAGAUGUCAGAUCCUAGAGCUCCUAUACCUCGUGGACCCAUGACUCCUGGUGGUCUGCCUCCUCGAGGACUGUUAGGAGAUGCUCCAAAUGACCCACGUGGAGGGACUUUGCUUUCAGUCACUGGAGAAGUGGAGCCCAGAGGUUAUCUGGGUCCACCCCAUCAGGGUCCCCCCAUGCAUCAUGCCUCUGGUCAUGACACUCGUGGCCCUUCCUCACAUGAGAUGAGGGGAGGUCCAUUAGGAGAUCCCAGACUGCUAAUUGGAGAGCCCAGAGGCCCCAUGAUAGAUCAAAGGGGUCUACCUAUGGAUGGUAGAGGUAAUAGAGAUUCUCGAGCGAUGGAGACUCGCACCAUGGAAACUGAGGUCUUAGAAACACGUGUAAUGGAGAGGAGAGGAAUGGAGACCUGUGCGAUGGAAAGCAGAGGGAUGGAAGCAAGAGGCAUGGAUGCAAGAGGAUUGGAGAUGAGGGGCCCUGUCCCCAGUUCAAGAGGCCCUAUGACUGGUGGAAUUCAGGGUCCUGGUCCCAUUAAUAUAGGGGCAGGUGGCCCUCCUCAGGGACCCAGACAGGUCCCAGGCAUUUCAGGGGUGGGGAAUCCUGGAGCUGGUAUGCAGGGUACAGGCAUACAAGGAGCAGGCAUGCAGGGAGCAGGCAUACAAGGAGGAGGGAUGCAGGGAGCAGGCAUACAAGGAGGAGGGAUGCAGGGGGCAGGCAUACAAGGAGUCAGUAUACAAGGAGGAAGUAUACAGGGGGCAAGCAAGCAAGGUGGAAGCCAGCCUAGCAGUUUUAGUCCUGGGCAGAGCCAGGUCACUCCACAGGAUCAGGAAAAGGCAGCUUUGAUCAUGCAAGUUCUUCAACUGACUGCAGAUCAGAUUGCCAUGCUGCCCCCUGAGCAAAGGCAGAGUAUCCUGAUUUUAAAGGAACAAAUCCAGAAAUCCACUGGAGCUUCUUGAAAGGUUUUAGAAGAUAUUUGGCUGUAGUAUCAAAGUUUAUUCUGUAGCAUGGAGAAUGGGUGCAAAAAGCUGACUUCUGCAUCCCCACACUUGGAUUAGGGUUUCCCUCCUCCUAGAACCUAAUCUUAUUUUUUGUUCUUUUUCUUUCUGUUUUCCUUUUUAUUUUUAAUUGAGGGUGGGGGGAGGAGGGCGUGCGUCUGUUCACUUUAAGUUACUUUAAAAUAACUCUGAACAUGAUUAUAUUAUGCCAAAUAAGAUUACAAAGAAUAAGCAGCAAUACUGAAGUGUCUACAGUAUGUUAACUACAUUUUUUAAAUGUCGAGUAAAACUUUGUGAAAACUGCUCAUAAAGACUAAAAGUUGACCUGUUAAAACGUUAAUGUACUAAGAUGGUUUUAAGAUUUUUGGUUAUAUAACAAAAUAAAAGUUUACCCAAAA